GACUCAAACGCGAUGUUUCAUAAGAAGAGUUUUGUUUUGUUCUAGUUAAAAUGGGUUAAAUCUAUAUAACUAGUUUUGUUUAAAACUACAUGUUCGAUGCCUAAUUUUAGGACUUGAAGCGCUUACAUUGACAAAACCAAUUAGAAAGAGGACUAAUUAAAAGGAGAGUUUCUGCAAUGGAAAUACAAUUACAUUUUCGUGUAUAAAAUAAAUGAAUUUUCUGACUAAACAACAUGAGGAGAAGUUUAGCACCCAGUCAGGUGGCUAAAAGGAAGCAAGACGCAGAUUCAGAGGAUGAGGACUGGGACCCUGACGUUUCAUCACAAAAGAAGAGAGACUGUCGUGAAAACUACAUCUCACCUUACAGAAAACCACUGACACCACUGAGUAACAGACCUGUGUGUGCUGAUGGCAAUGAGCAUGAAGCCUUCAUCCGCAAGAUCUUAUCAAAGCCGUUCAAGAUUCCCAUCCCAAAUUAUACAGGCUCAUUGGGUCUGAGGGCUCUUGGACUGAAACGGGCCGGUGUGAGGAAAUCCCUGCAUGACCCGUUUGAAGAUGGAGCUCUGGUUCUGUACGAGCCGCCUGUUGUGAGCGCUCAUGACCUCAUCAAAGCAGACAAGGAUAAGCUGCCAGUGCACGUGGUUGUAGAUCCAGUGCUCUGUAAAGUGCUUCGACCCCAUCAAAGAGAGGGUGUGAAGUUCCUGUGGGACUGUGUGACGGGAAGACGUAUUCCAAACUCAUACGGCUGUAUAAUGGCAGAUGAGAUGGGGCUGGGGAAGACGCUGCAGUGCAUCACUCUUAUGUGGACGUUACUGAAACAAAGUCCAGAUUUCAAACCCGAGAUCGAUAAGGCCAUCGUGGUGUCUCCGUCCAGUCUGGUGCGCAACUGGUACAACGAAGUGGGCAAGUGGCUCGGAGGUCGCGUGCAGCCUGUCGCCAUCGACGGCGGGUCCAAAGAGGAAAUAGACCGCAAACUUGUAAACUUCAUUUCCCAGCAGGGGUUGAGGGUUCCGACUCCAAUCCUGAUCAUAUCCUAUGAAACGUUCCGGCUGCAUGCUGAGGUUCUGCACAGAGGCAAAGUUGGACUGGUUAUUUGUGAUGAGGGUCACAGACUCAAGAACUCAGAUAAUCAGACUUAUCAAGCCCUGAACUCUAUGAACGCUCAGAGGAGGGUGCUGAUAUCUGGGACUCCCAUACAGAAUGAUUUACUGGAGUAUUUCAGCUUGGUGCACUUUGUCAAUUCUGGCAUCUUGGGCACGGCUCAGGAGUUUAAGAAGCGCUUUGAGAUUCCCAUCCUGAAGGGUCGUGAUGCGGAUGCCAGUGAUAAAGACAGAGCAGCUGGAGAGGAGAAACUCAAGGAACUCAUCGGCAUUGUUAACAGAUGUUUGAUUAGAAGAACCUCAGAUAUUCUUUCGAAGUAUCUGCCUGUGAAGAUUGAACAGGUCGUCUGUUGCCGUCUAACUCCUUUGCAGAAAGAGCUGUACAAGUUAUUCCUGAAACAGGCUAAACCUGUAGAGAGUCUACAGACGGGCAAGAUCAGCGUAUCUUCUCUGUCCUCCAUCACAUCACUUAAGAAGCUCUGUAACCAUCCUGCAUUGAUUUAUGAGAAGUGUUUGGCAGGAGAAGAAGGAUUUGAUGGUGCUUUAGAUCUCUUCCCUCAAAAUUAUUCAACUAAAGCUGUCGAGCCACAACUCUCAGGGAAGAUGUUGGUACUGGACUAUAUUCUGGCAAUGACCAGAAGUACAUCAAGUGAUAAAGUGGUUCUGGUCUCCAACUACACGCAGACUUUAGAUCUGUUUGAGAAACUGUGUCGAACCCGGAGAUACCUUUAUGUUAGACUGGAUGGGACGAUGUCCAUCAAGAAGCGAGCCAAGAUAGUGGAGAGAUUCAACAGCCCCUCUAAUCCAGAGUUUAUAUUCAUGCUCAGCAGUAAGGCGGGAGGCUGUGGGCUUAAUCUGAUUGGUGCAAAUCGUUUGGUGAUGUUUGACCCCGACUGGAAUCCAGCCAAUGAUGAACAAGCGAUGGCCAGGGUGUGGCGAGAUGGACAGAAGAAAACCUGCUACAUCUACAGACUGUUAUCGACGGGGACCAUAGAGGAGAAGAUCUUGCAGAGGCAGGCUCAUAAGAAAGCUUUGAGUAGCUGCGUAGUAGAUGAGGAACAGGACGUAGAAAGACAUUUCUCUCUCGGAGAGCUACGGGAACUCUUCUCGCUCAACGAGGACACGCUCAGCGACACACACGACAGGUUUCGUUGUAGGCGCUGUGUGAGCGGACGACAGGUGCGCCCACCACCUGAAGACGCGGACUGUACCAGCGAUCUGUCCAACUGGCAGCACUGUGCAGAUAAGAGAGGACUGAGAGAUCCUGUACUUCAGGCUUCGUGGGACGCUGCCGUCUCCUUCGUCUUUCACCAACGCUCACACGAGGAUCAGCGAGGAGUCAUCUGAGCGUCAUGAAUCUGCAGAUCUGAUCAUACUGUACAUACAGAACAAUAAGAGGAUCUUCUGAAAUAUAAACGUGAGGAGUAACUGUAGAAGUUGUAGUACGCUGACCUUAAGAUGUUAUUGCUUUAUUUAUUUUGUAAAAGUUACAAAUUCAAUAUUACUAUCAUUGUCAUUAAAAGUGUACACUGUGUUUAUGCUGGUGAUUUAUGUGAAAUCGCAGUUUUUCAUCCUUAAUUUGAGAAAGUACAUUCGGAAAUGGUACAGGUCUGGUAAUACUUUCUAGAUGGAAAUGAUUCGCUCUGAUGCAGUUGUCAAAGGCUCGUGUCAUUUAAAAACAUGAUUUCAUUAACGUUUGCAAAAGCAAUGAAAGGUUGAUUUUCGCUGUUAUGUAAAGAAGGACAGUUUCCAGCUUAGCAUCAACUCGGACAGUAGAUGACUCCGCAGAUCCGCACCGGAGUUGGCAGCUCCGGUGCGGAUUUGGCCUAGAGUCGUCUGCUGUCUGGAAGUCACUGAUGUUGCAAAGAAAACCUGGUUACAAUUUACACUAAGGUUCAAUUCGUAAAGUUUCAUUUAGGCCAUAUUUAUUGCAGAAUAAAUCCUGACAGGCCCAGCGAAAAAAAAAAAUGCACAAACACUUUUUCACACCUUUUGUACUCAAUAAACAAACAAAUUAAUCUAUAGUACAUAAGAGAAAUAUAUUAACAUCAAAGUGUGGUCAACUGUGCUAUUUUGAGACACCAUUCCAAGUCAAUUUAAGUAUCACUAAUAUUUAGUAUACAUUUUUAAGUGCCCUGAAGUAGAACCAUACUUUUAAUUAGUACAUUUGUAGAGUUUCACAGUUACACUAUUUACACAAAGAAAUUAUGUACUUUCUGGUAUUUAAGUAUAUUUUGGUUAAUUUAAGUAUACUUUAUUUUUCCCGGGGGUGAUUAGGACCCUUGUGUACAUCCCAGAUCGCAAUAGAUUCUGAGGCGGAUUUACACCAGAGCGGAAGUUCACUGCUAUCUGCGAUGUACAUCAUUUAGGUUGACACAAGGGUCCUAAUCAAUCACCUCCUAGGUACUAAGUAUACGUGAAUGUUUAUUAUUCUGCUUAUUACACGACUACUUGCAGUUGCAACAUGAUUAAAUAAUUAACCCAUAUAUAAUAUAUAUAUAUACACAUUAUUAAAUGCACUAAAUUAUAGAUCUACUUUAGUAGUACCUUGGUGCACUUGAGAAAAAUAUAUACUAAUGCCAGUAGUACUUAAAGCAACACUAUGUAGUUUUUUUUUACCUUUAAAUAAUGUCUCUAAAAUUAUUUCAGUGAUAGAAGAACUUUUAACUGGACAAAUUGUACUGUUGCUGCAACCUGAACAGCCUCCUAGCUGCUACAAGCACACUCUGAAAGUGGCGGUGGAGGGUAGGAAACACAGCCCCGCCCCUCCCGCUGCCUGCAGAAGAGUGUCUGAUACCAGGCACUGUUGCGCUUUUCAACCACAUGGGGGAGCUGUAAGUCAUUUUUACAUGAAAACUACAUAGUGUUGCUUUAAAGGAAAACACCACAGUUUUUCAAUAUUUUACUAUGUUCUUACCUAAACUUAGAUGAAUAAAUACAUAUCUAUCUGUUCUCAAUGCGUGCACUUAAUCUU